AUGAACUAUAAAUUUUCGCAACUUAAAUAUAACCCAUCAGUAUCAGUAGCCAUAGUAAAUUUUUCAUAUGAUCAACCUAAUAUUUUACCUGUAAAAGGAUUUGGAUAUUUAAUACCAAAAUCAACACAAAACAAUCUCCAUAAUGUAUUAGGGGUGGUUUUUGAUUCAUGCACAAUGCCAUAUCAGGAUGAACUAUUCAACAACUUUACAAAAUUGACUGUAAUGAUGGGUGGUCAUUAUUAUAAUGAUAACUUUGAUAAUCAACAAAAGCUUUUUAGUGAGGAGGAAUUAUUAAAUCAAUCAUUGGAAAUUUUAGAAAAUCAUUUAGGUAUUUACAACACACCUGCUGAUUACUCAGUUAAAUUAGCAAGAAAUUGCAUACCACAAUAUUAUGUAGGUCACUAUGAUAGAAUGAAAGAAUUACAUUAUGAGAUAAAAUCUAAAUUAAAAAAUAGAUUAAGUGUUGGUGGUGCUAGUUAUUGGGGUGUUAGUUUGAAUGAUUGUGUGCUGAAUUCUACAAAAUUGGUUUUGAAACUACUUAAAAAUAAUGAAAUUAUUACUGGGCUAGAGAAAGUUGAACAAUUUAAUAGAUAA